CUACGGGUUUAUAUAUUAAACUCUUAUUAUUCUCAAUUCUAUUGCUUUGUUGGUUCUUCCGAUGAUCUGCUCUUAUGUUGGCAAAAUUGUAGUCAGAGUAUCGCAUCAGCGCAAUGUCGACCGAAAUAGAGAGAGAUGUUAUUCGAAUAAAUAAUCAAUUGUGCGAUUUUUCAAAAGAUGGAAAAUGGUUUGCAUUCGCGAAUCAAUCGAAUUUAAUUAUAAAGAACUGUAAAAAUUUGGAUACCAUUCAUUCGUUCAUGUUUCCAGACAUAAUCGAGUACUUAGAGUGGUUUACAAAUAGCGAAUACAUUCUAUGUGCAAACAUAAAGAAAGCUAUUGUUCAAAUCUACUCGGUCCACUAUCCUGAAUGGAAAUAUAAACUGGUUGAGGGCAGUGCAGGUUUAGAAAGUGUUAGUUGUUCUCCCGAUAGCAAAUAUCUUUUGACAUUCUCUGAUUUUAAUAUUCAGAUCUCUGUUUGGAGUUUGGAAAGUCAAAGUGUAACUCAUAUACAAAAUGUGAAGUCCUCUUUCAAUGAGCUAUAUUUUAGCCCAAAUGGCAAUAAGUUAGCAGUAGUGGUCACAGUUGAAGGAGACGAUAAUAUAGAAAUUUACAAUACUGAUAAUUGGAAAUUAAGCAAAAAAUUGAUAUGCGCACGAUUAAAUAACAUCGAUGGGAUUUGCUGGUCUCCAAACAGCGAACUACUAUGCAUUUGGUCUUCGUUUAGUGACGAGCCAAAGUUGAUUAUUUAUUCGAAUUUAUUAGAAAGAGAUAUUGCUGUGUUUUAUCCUACGCGCAAUAAGUUAUCACCGAAGGAAUUUAUCGAACAUGUGAACUUGAAAGGAAUUGAAAAUGUCAAGUGGAUGCCUAGUGGACAAUUAUUAGCUGUAACAGGAUUUAACGAAAUGAUCGUGUUGUUAAAUCACGUAACGUGGAAACCGCUUGCGAAGCUGUAUCUAGAACCAGUAAUUAAAGAAAAUUAUUUGAACAAAGUAUACGAAGAGCGUAUAAUUCAAUCGAAAUUGUCUGCUAAGAACACCAACUGUUACGACAAACAUGUUUUAGAAGAGAAAUCCGAGCGACCGGUGAAUAUAAAAAUUGGAAAGAAGAAUGAUAUCGAUAGAUUGUCUAUUGCGAAAUUUGACAUCCUUGAAUUUAGCUACUGCGGACAAUAUUUGGCUGUAAAGCAUCAACUUUAUCCUACAACUUUGUGGAUAUGGAAUAUUAUAGAAGAUUACUUCGAUUACAUUAUUCUUAAGAAUCCUAUUACAGGUGCGAAAUGGAAUCCUACGCGCGCUCAUCUUUUAAUUUUUUGUGAAUGCGCAUACAUGUUCGAGUGGACACCGGAAACUGCAAAUUGCAUACCCGUUUCUCGAAAUAUUGCGAUACUAGAUGCCAGAUUCCAUUCACAGGGAAAUCUUUUGUUGCUCUGUGGCUAUAAUAAAGCAAUUAUUUAUCAAAUUGAUAUUAGUAAAUCGUGAAGAAUUCAUGCACUUUUUUACUGUAUAUUAUUUUUUGUAUGAAUUAUAGGAACUGGGCUAUUAACAAAAUGUUUGUACUGUAACAUGGUUUAGCUUAAAAAUAUUUUAUUCAUUGUAUAAAUACAAUAGAUUAUGGUCCUCGGGCUUAGUCGAAUAAACCUGUAAAGAAAUGAA